AUGACGUCUAUGGAACAAAAAUUAUACCAAGUGGAUAAAUACAGCUUCAAACGUGCACGUAUAAUGAUUGUKUCUUAUCUAUCGGUAACUAAUUCGAUACUUAUUGGACCAAUGCUCCAGUCAAUUUUCAUGUAUAUAAUAGAUUUAUUUCGUGACGGUUAUACUGCAGCAGCAUUUUCAUAUUUGCAUCCAACACCUAUGUCAUAUAACUUUAACUAUUGUACGCCACAUUAUUACAUUCUCAUCUAUAUUUCGGAAUAUUUAAACGGGCAUUUUUGUACAACAACAAAUUUGGGAACGGAUUUAUAUGUGUGCACUUUUGCGGGACAAUUUUGUAUGCAACUGGAAUAUUUGGGAUCCUCACUGGAAGCUUAUGAGCCUACCAUGGAUAACUCGAAGGCAGAUUGUGAAUUUUUGAUGGAAUGGAUAAGAAAGCAUCAGUUAAUGUUGGAUCUUUGUAGCGAACUAAAUGAAGUUUUUGGAACAACUCUAUUAUUUAAAUUAAUAUCAAAUUGCGCCGUAUUUUGCAUAAUUGUUGUUCAACUGAAAUUGGAGGGAUUUGGUUUCGGAUUUUUAAAUUUUCUCAGCUUCUUUUUCGUUACUGUUGCCCAAUUCUUUAUGGUAUGUCAAUAUGGACAGAAGCUAAUUACAAUUAGUGAAAACCUAGCACUAUGUGCAUACAAAAACCGUUGGUAUAAUGGCUCGCAAACAUACAAAACCUUAUUAUUUAACAUAAUUGCGCGUGCGCAGAAGCCAGUUCGGCUAACCGCGAAAGGAUUUCAACCUAUAUCGCUGGCGACCUUUCAAAUUGUAAUGACGAUGACCUAUCGCGUAUUCGCGGUACUGCAACGUGCUUUGGACUAGAAUAAUUAUUAUUUUAUUGUUUAUACAAAAUAUUUUGGUAAUUCAUCACUACAUCAUACUAUCUACAUGUACACAAUUUUAAUC